AUCGACAGUCGACUCGGGGCCCUGUCCCUACCACAACAUUCAUACCGCUCGUCGUCGGGUGGUGUCCGACAGAGUGAGCCGCACCGGACACUUAAUACUCCUUCUCGGAGUCCCGAGAAGCGAGUUGGACUGGACAGAAAGAGGAAUUCGAAGAACAUAUUGCCCUAGAUGCCGGGACUAACAGCGAAGCUACCCCGGGUUCUGCAACUGGUCGGGUACCACCAUGUGUUGAUGAUUAUCAUCGCGGUGGCGAUCAUCCUACUAUCGUUACUAUUAGCAGGGUGCUCAUCGUCCUCCCCGCAGAUCCCCGACAUCUUCCUGAUCUCCAUGUACUAUGAGCGCUACAAACCAACUUUCAACCUCGCUCAGGUAGAUCCGGGGGUAGUGACAGCAACAGCAAAUAUUGUGGGAGGAGCCGAGAUGGAAGUCCGUGUGGGUUAUUUUGGCAUCUGUGUACAGCCAGACGCCGGAUCCUACAUUUGCAACUCGAAUGCGACAGCAUUGGCGGAGAUUGUCACAGUCGACCAAGAUCCGUUGAACCUGAUUUGGGUAGCAUCGACGUUCAAAGAUGCAGUCGUCUUCCCAUAUCUUCUAAUUCUUGCUGUCAUUCUCGCUUUCUUCUGCUUCGUCAUCCUCGCCACCUUCCCUGGAUGGCAUGACGAGCUAGACCCUAGCGGUUCCGAGAUCGAAGCCAGGCCGAUUCCGUCGCGGCCUGUAUCCCAAGCAGCACUAGCCUUGACUUUUGUAGCCUCGGUCUUCGUCCUUGUGUCCGUACUAUGGCAGCACACCGCAUCCGUAGCCGCCAGCACGAUAGUUCAGGAUCUGGGCAACGGAAGUGUCAAGAGUGGCGUGGGUACAUCUGCCAUGGUUCUCGGCUGGUUUGGAUUUGGACUUCUGGUGGUCGUGACGAUAGGACUGCUAGUGAUGAUUCUGAGCGUCAAACUGAUCCAGCAGUUGACGGACUAGCAUGAUCUCUUUUCCCUGUUUUUCUUUCUUGUUUUGAUGCUGCAUUAUAUCUGCUUGGAUUGGUUUUGGUUUCCUUCCCCCGGACAUAUUACACCCCGAUUCCCCUUC